AUGGGCUUGGAACGGGCGGAAAACGGGAGCUGCUUCCGAGGCCUCCGGCUUUGGAACUUUGCGGUGGAUUUACUCCUCCGGAGCGGCUCGGGCAGCGGCCGUGACCGUGUCCGUGUGCUCCCUAGGGAGGAUGGCGAGCUGGAGGAGGGCGAGCUGGAGGACGACGGCGGCGAGGAGCCCCCGGCCGCCUCCGAGCCCCGCGAGCGGAGCCGCAGGGACAGGGGCGAGAAGCACCACAGCGACUCGGACGACGACAAGUCCCACCGGCGCCUGAAGCGCAAGCGGAGGAAGGAGAGGGAGAAGGAGAAGCGGCGGGCCAAAAAGAAGAGGAAAUCCAAGCACAAGCGCCAUGCCUCCUCCAGCGACGACUUCUCCGACUACAGCGACGACUCGGACUUCAGCCCUGCUGAGAAGGGCCACCGAAAGUACCGGGAAUACAGCCCUCCCUACUCCUCCUCCCACCAGCAGUACCCGCCCUCGCACGGCGCCCCGGCGCCCAAGAAGAGCUACUCGAAAAUGGAGAGCAAGAGCUACGGCAUGUACGAGGACUACGAGAACGAGGAGUACGGGCAGUACGAGGCGGAGGAGGACGAGGACAUGGCCAAGGAGGAGUACGACGACUUCGCCAAGGAGCUCAGCCAGUACCGGCGAGCGAAGGAGGGCUCGCACCGGGGCCGAGGUGGCCGUGGCCGGGGCCGUGGGUACCGCGGCCGCGGCGGCAGGGGCGGCAUGAGAGGCGGCCGCGGGCUGGGCCGAGGGAACCGGGGCAGGGGCAGGGGCGAGCACCCGGAGGAAGAGGAGGACAUGUACGAGGAAGAGCUGGAGCCCUACGGCGACCCCGAGGAGCCCCUGGGCGACGACGACUACGACGACUACUCGAAGGAGCUCAGCCAGUACCGGCGCAGCAAGGAGAGCCGAGGCCGAGGCAUGAACCGAGGGCGCGGGCGAGGGCCCCGAGGACGAGGCAACAAAAUGGGCAGGGGCCGAGGACGAGGCGGCAACAGAAGCGGGAUGGGGAAAGGCGGCGGCAUGAACGAGGACGACGAUUACUACGAAGAGGACAUGGGCGAUGGAGGCGGCGGCGGAAGUUACAGGCGGAACGACCACGACAAAUCCCACCAGCAGUCCGACAAGAAGGGGAAGGUGAUCUGCAAGUACUUCGUGGAAGGCAGGUGUACCUGGCCGCUGCCGCCGCCCAUGCACGAGCCGCUGUCGCCGCAGCAGCUGCGCGAGCAGCAGGACAUGUACAAGAAGAUCCCGUCGCUCUUCGAGAUCGUCGUGCGGCCCACGGGGCAGCUGGCCGAGAAGCUGGGCGUGAGGUUCCCUGGGCCGGGAGGCCCCCCCGGGCCCAUGCCUGGACCCAUGCACCCCGACAUGCACCCGGACAUGCACCCGGACAUGCACCCCGACAUGCACCCCGACAUGCACCCUGACAUGCACCCCGACAUGCACCCGGACAUGCACCCGGACAUGCACCCCGACAUGCACCCCGACAUGCCCAUGGGCCCCGGCAUGAAUCCCGGGCCUCCCAUGGGCCCCGGACCACCGCUGAUGCCCUACGGUCCGGACGACUCGCCGCACUCGGGAAUGAUGCCGCCGGGGCCGCCCGCGCCGGGCUUCUACGAUGACUUCUACCCGCCGCAGGAAGCGCUCGACAUGGAUCCCGGCAUGAUGGGGGAGCCAGGUAGCGCCCGCCACUACGGCGCCUACGAGGCCGCGGAGGGCCCGCCGGGCGAGCACGCGUUCGCCGAGGCGGCCCUGGAGCACGAGGCGCUGGGCGAGGGCGGCGCGCCGGGGCUGCGCAAGGCGCCCGGCGCCCUCCCCGAUUUCCUGCCCUCGGCGCAGAGAGCCCUGUACCUGCGGAUCCAGCACAAGCAGCACGAGGAGGAGGAGCGGGCGCGCAGGCUGGCCGAGAGCAGCAAGCAGGAGCGGGAGCACGAGGAAGGGGACACCGGCAACUGGUACUCGAGCGACGAGGACGACGGCGGCAGCAGCGUCACCUCCAUCCUGAAGACGCUGCGGCAGCAGAGCUCGGGCCGGCCGCACCCCGGCGUGCACAACCUGCCCGUGCCGCCCGUCUACGGGCUGGUGAAGCAGGCGCCCAAGGCGGGCGCGGGCAGCCCCUUCGGCGGCAGCAGCCCCGCGCGCGACGCCGAGCCGCAGGACGCCGCCUCGCUCAAGGACGUCUUCAAGGGCUUCGACCCCACCGCCUCGCCCUUCUGCCAGUAG